AGUAUCUCUGCAAGACACGAUGACGUCCAUUGGAACGGGCUACGAUCUCUCAGCAAGCACUUACUCUCCAGACGGUCGUAUAUUCCAGGUGGAAUAUGCUACCAAGGCAGUCGAGAAUUCUGGCACUGCGAUCGGUCUCAGAGUGAAAGACGGCAUUGUUCUGGGGGUAGAGAAACUCAUCCACUCCAAACUCCUGGUACCAGGUGCCAACCGGCGCAUCCAGACAGUAGACAGGCAUAUCGGCAUGGCUACAGCCGGCCUUCUGGCGGACGGCCGGAAUGUCGCCAACAGGGCACGCGAUGAGAGUUUUCAAAUCCGUGGAUUAUGGAGGGAACCCCCCACUGUCAAGGAACUCGCGGACCGGCUUGCUUUGUAUGCGCAAGCAUACACCCUUUACUCCUCCGUCCGGCCAUUCGGCAUCAGCACCAUCUUUGGUGGCGUCGACAAGACGGGUCCGUCACUUUUUGUCGUAGAACCCAGUGGCGUCUGUUUGGGAUACCACGGAGCAGCCGUAGGCAAAGGCCGCCAAUUAGCCAAGACUGAACUAGAAAAGCUCAAGCUUUCAGAAUUGUCGAUGCGGGAGGCUGUUAUAGAAGCUGCAAGAAUAAUAUAUAUCGUACAUGAUGACAAUAAAGAGAAGGAGUUCGAACUCGAGAUGUCAUGGGCAGGCGACGAGACGGGUGGCUUGCAUGUGCCCGUGCCAGCUGAUCUCUUGGCCGAGGCAGAACAGAAGGCAAGGGAAGCCUUGGAGACUUUCGAGUAGUGAUUACUAC